AUGCUUGCUGCGUCACAACAUCAGCUUGCUCAUUCGCAGACGUGCUUCCAAGCUAGGAUGCAGCUCAAGCCUCCUACAAGACCCAAACUUUAUUCAGGGCUUGUGCCCCAGGAGGAAUUCGAUUCAAACUGUGAUCUAAUACCAGGCUUGCCUGAAGACUUGGCAAAGAUAUGUCUUGCCCUUGUUCCUCGUACUCAUUUUCCUGUCAUGGGUGCAGUUUCCAAGAGGUGGAUGUCGUUUCUUGAGAGCAAGGAACUCAUAGCUGUGAGGAAGGAGGUUGGGAAACUUGAGGAGUGGGUGUAUGUCCUGACUCCAGAUGCUGGCGCAAAGGGGUCGCACUGGGAGAUUUUAGAGUGUUCAGGGCAAAAGCAGAGCCCUCUUCCGCGAAUGCCUGGACUAACCAAAGCUGGGUUUGGUGUGGUUGUUAUUGGUGGGAAGCUCUUUGUUAUUGCGGGCUAUGCUGCUGACCAUGGGAAAGACUCUGUUUCAGAUGAGGUUUAUCAAUAUGAUUCUUGCCUCAACAGGUGGACUGAGCUUGCUAAGAUGAAUGUAGCUCGGUGUGACUUCGCCUGUGCAGAGGUCAAUGGGGUGAUAUAUGUUGCUGGUGGAUUUGGUCCAAAUGGCGAGAGUUUAUCUAGCGUUGAAGUUUAUGACCUAGAACAGACUAAAUGGACAUUGAUUGAGGGCCUACGCAGACCAAGGUGGGGCUGCUUCGGGUGCAGCUUUGAAGGGAAGCUCUAUGUCAUGGGUGGCCGUUCAAGCUUCACAAUUGGCAACUCCCGUUUUGUUGAUGUGUACAAUCCUAAUAACCAUGCCUGGGACCAGGUCAAGAACGGCUGUGUGAUGGUCACUGCUCAUGCAGUCCUCGGCGAGAAGCUCUUCUGCAUCGAAUGGAAGAACCAGAGGUCUCUGGCAAUCUUCAACCCGGCUGACAACUCCUGGCAGAAGGUCCCCGUGCCGCUUACUGGUAGCUCAAGCACUCGUUUUUCCUUCGGGGUACAUGAGGACAAGCUGCUGCUCUUCCCUCUGGAGGAAGAGCCUGGGUAUCAGACGCUGAUGUAUGAUCCUGCAGCUCCGAUGGGGUCUGAGUGGUGCACAUCGAAGCUGAAGCCGUCAGGUUCUUGCCUGUGCAGCGUGACCAUCAAAGCCUGA